CGUGUCCCACGUGUCCCACUCUCCCCGUGCACGGUGUCGUGGUUCCGAUGGAGCUGCCAGCGUUGCCGCCGAAAAGCUCCAGCCGCGAUGCGCUGAUUCCCGCCUUUCGGGGCCCGACGAAGCGCUCCAAUUGGGUGGUGCCUGGCCGGCUGAUGGCGGGUGAUCGAAGCAGUUUGGAUUCAGAGGAGACGCUCAAAGCGAUUUUGAAAGCAGGUGUCACCUGCAUCGUCAAUCUGCAGUCCAGGCAGGAGACGAGUGCGGCAGUGGACUAUAAGAAGCGCGCACGGGCGCUGAACGCAGGCUGUUCCUUCAUGGAGCAACCCAUCCCGGACCAGGAGGUCGCCGAUGACGAUGUGAUCUCCCAGCUAGUGGAGCAGCUGUUGGAACGCCUACAGAGCGAGGUGCUCUACGUCCACUGCCGUGGGGGGCACGGACGGACUGGCACCAUUUGCGCCCUGCUACUGGCGAAGCUCUACGCGCUGCCGGCGGCAGAAGCCAUGGCGCGGGUGCAGCUGUACCACGACGUGCGGCAGCAGCCCGUGUUCUGCGCCGAGGGUUACCAGGAGACCAAGGAUGGCGCCAGCUGCGUGAUCCUCUUCCCCUCGCAGCGUCAGCAAGUGCUGCGCUUGCUGCGCGACAGUGCGGCACAGGCACCGCCCCAGCUGGACAGGGCCUGCAGCGCGUUGUAUGGCCCCGGGGCCUCAAAGUACUCAGCCGAACUGAUGGCCAGUUGGCAGGAGAAGGCCAAAGCUGGCGCUGAUGCACUGAACAAAGGGCAGAAAAAGCAGGGAAACUACGAGGAGGAGCUUCAGAAAGCAGUGCAGCUUUUCUGGGCGGCUGCCAAGUUGAGGCCCGACUUCCCCCGUGGCUACCUGGGUCUUGCGCGUGCCUUGCGCCUCUUGGGCUCCGCCUCUGACGCGCGAGAAGCACUGCUGCAGGGCUUGGACCCAUGUCCGGAGGACGGCGCCCUCUUGCAAGAGCUCCAGAAGAUGCCAGAGAAGCCCAGCAAAGGCGUCGAGGUGGAGAGGGACAGCGAGGCAGCAGAGCCUGCAGAGCCUGCAGAGCCUGAGAAGGCUUUUGAGGGACCCGACUUCACAUGGAAGCCUAAAGUGCCCAAGCCCAAUCUACUGAUGUUGGUGGGUCUGCCUGGCUCCGGUAAGAGCACCUUUGCGCAGCAGUUGGUGAAGUCCUCCCCAAGCUUCGUGAGGGUCUGCCAGGACGAGCUCUCGGGCAGGGACGAAUUUGAGCGCCAAAUUGGUCCAGUGGCCAAGGACAGUCACAAACGCUUGAUUCUGGACCGCACCAACGUGUGCAAAGCUGAUCGCGUCUCCUUCCUGAAGUUGGCCUUCAGUCCCAAAGGUGCUGUUGGCAUUCACUUCGCGCAGAGCGCCAGGGACUGCGAGGAGCGCGUGGCGAAGCGCACGGAUCAUCCCAGCAUCCGAUUCGGAGGUGGUCGCAGCGCCGUGCGUAGCAUGCAGGAGGCGUUGGAAUUGCCCUCGCUGUCCGAAGGCUUCGAGGAAAUUUUGACCAUCCAUAACUUCGAGGAAGCGGAACACUUGUUGAAAUGCUAUGGGGCUGAGGCGCCAAAAGUGAGCCCCAUGGGUUUCUUCAAGUUUCCGACCACGCCACAUGUCUUGGACCUGACCAACGGCAAAGCCUUGACGGAGAGCGAUCGACUGUUGAGCGAGAAGGAAGCGAAGGAGUUCUUCGAUGGAAAGACCAUGAUCAUCGUGGAGGAGAAGAUCGACGGCGCCAACCUGGGGAUCUCCUUGACGGAAAACUAUGAACCCUUGUACCAGAAUCGCAGCCACUACGUCUCCAGCGGUUACGCCUCGCAGUGGAAAGCUCUGGACGCUUGGUGGGAUGAACACGGCUGGGCUAUCUGCCAGUUGCUUGAACCUGAGGUGGAGGUGCUCUUUGGCGAGUGGCUCUGGGCGCGACAUAGCGUCAGCUACACCAAGCUCCCUGCCUACUUCGUGGCCUUUGACAUCUACAACAAACGCCAAGGACGCUUCGUGUCAGUGCGCGAGCGCAACCGACGACUGGAGGGCCUCGAAAUCCCAGUGGUGCCUCAACUGGCCGAGAGGAAAUUUGCCAAUCGCCAAGAAUUGGAGGCGUUCCUGAACCGCACCUCUGCCUUUGGGGAUGGCCCUUUGGAAGGCGUCUAUCUUCGCAUUGAUGAUCAAGUGGAGGAGGGUGGUGGACUGUGGCACAAGCGCCGCGGGAAGAUCGUGCGCAGCGACUUCAUUCAGACUAUCCAGGAUGGUGGACAUUGGAUCCAUAAGGAGGUGGAACGCAACAGCCUGGCCUACUGAGAUGGUCGACAAAUUGGAAUGUGGUGUCCAAAAAGAUAUCCCAAGAUAUUCCAAGACGAAC